AUGUCCGAGCGGCCUCGACGGCCGACACGCGUGGUCUCCUCCGGGCAGUGCCCCUUGAGUAAACUCUCCGGGCUAUGCCCCUCGGGUAACCACGCGUGGCCGCCUCCGCCGACCCAGCCCUGCCUCGGAAACGUCCGAGCGGCCUGGGUGCGGCCUACCCCAGGGACGCUGAGACGAGAGCCGGCUCUCUAUCAGCACCCUGAGGUACCUCUCUGUCCCCGGGAACUACUCCACGAGUGGGCCCCGAGGACCGAUCGAUAUAGCCCCCUCCGUGCAAAGCCCCUCGGGAAACCCUCCGGGCAGGGCCCCUCAGCUGAUCACGCGCGGCACACACAUCCCUCCCCUGCGGCCCCCGCCGCCAAAACUCCACCCCAGACCCCGGGGGGACUCCCCCAGGAAAAACCCCGAAAAAAGCCCCCCCAGGACAGAGACAAGACCCCAGACGGCGAAAGCCGUCUACCCGGCAGGCGUGCCGAGCCACAUAGCAUGGUGCGAAGGAAAGCGCCGAAGCGCCGUGCAGUCCCUUCUCCUAACGGUGCCAUGCCACCGGGCGUUUGA